AUGCCAAUUAACGACCCGGUGGCAGAUAUGCUGACACGCAUUCGAAAUGCCAUCCAGGCGCGUCACCAGACGGUUAUGGUGCCGCAAUCCAAAAUCAAAACUGCAAUUGCCGAUAUCCUGAAAUCGCAGGGUUACAUCAAGGACUGGGAACCGGCCCGCGGUCAACGCUUUCCGACAAUGCGUAUCCAAUUGAGAUACAGCGACGACGAACAGAGCGCUAUCCGCGGAUUGAAGCGGGUAAUGACCAGCGUCGGCGUGGCCCAACGGGUCCCGCCCACCGAACGUCCCUUGUCCCGCAUCGGGCGGCAACCCAUACCAAUCCCAUCGGGUGUCGUAGUUGAGGUGAUCUACAGCGGAGUGGUCGUCAAUGGCCCUCUCGGUAGCGUUACCCAAAAAUACCACCCGGAAGUCACCGUGAAGGUAGAGGAUGGCAACGUCAUCGUCGAACGCCUCACCGACCGCAAAUUUCACCAUUCGCUUCAUGGCCUCACACGCACGUUGAUAGCAAACGCCAUCCUCGGUGUAACCGAAGGGUACGCACGUACCCUGGAAUUGAUGGGCGUCGGUUACCGUGUCCAACAAAAUGGGGAUGGGAUUACGCUGAGCGUAGGUUACAGCCACACUGUUGAUAUUUUCCCCGAUGAAGGAUUGAUCAUGCGGGUGGAAGGCAACAACCGCGUUCACGUCAGCGGCGUUGACAAGCAGAAGGUCGGCCAACUGGCCGCGAAAGUGCGCCGCGUGCGUCCACCCAACCGCUACAAAGAGAAGGGCAUCCGGUACCAGGGCGAGGUUUUGCGGCUCAAGCCCGGAAAGGCCGCCGCCAGGCGUGCCGUCUGA